CUGUUGGUUCGACUCCAGGCUCUCCUCCGCCGCCAUUUCCGGGCGCUAGCAGCUACUAUGAUGCCAAAGGAGCGCCAGCGAACGUUCAUGAGCACCUGCUGGUUCUCCGCCUCAGGGGUAUGUGCAGCCGACACCACCAGGGUUGCCUGGACAGCCUGGACAGCCUGGACAGCCUGGUUAUUAUGCAGAGCUUCCUACUGGUCCACGGUAACGGAUCGCGAUAAGUCGUGGAGAAGGAUUGUGGUUGUAUAUUCCAUGGGUUUGGGUUGGUCGUUCAGCGGCAUCCUACUUUCGCUGCGAUUGUAUCUUCCGCUUUCUCGAUUGGCGGUUCCUCAGCUAGUUAAUGGUUGCAUAGGAGGCGCAAGGGUGGACAAUGGAUUGGACUCGGUGAAUAAUAUGGUCAUGUAUAUUGUGUAUUAGAGGUACCACAAGUGUGCAAAUUCCUCACCGGCUCUGAUCCGCAUUCAUGCGUUUGGCUCGAAACAGCGUAUAUCAAUCUAAUGUUGUGGCACUCGGUAAUAGGGGAGAUUCAAGAACAGCAUCAAAGGAAGCGAGCGUGAAGAAGUCAAGAACCAGUAGCAACAUGUCGGUUGCUGACGCAUGAUCCCAUCCGAAGACUGAGGACAAUAGCGAUAGAGAGACGUUGCUCUUGAGACUGGAGACAUUACAAUAUCUCGUAAACAUGAAAUGCUAAAGUCAUACAAAACUGUCCACGGCCUUUAGGAGGGUUACCUUCACAUUGUCUAUUCACGGACGACACUCAGCUGUAUGCCGUGAGGAUAAAGGGACGAAGUUGCAGACUACCGUAAAUGG